GGCCCGAGCGUCGCCGAGGUAGCACGUCCGGAGCGAGCGCCCGCCUUUUCUUUAUUAACUUCAACGGGAGCGUGCCACUGUGAAUGAAAAAUCGGUGUUCUAACUUUUCUGUGUUUGUGAUAAAAAGGGGAUUCUAUAAACUUUACCUUACAUAUAAAAAAUGCAAGCCAGGAAACGUCAGAGGAAAAGGCGAGUGAAGAGGAUUAGUGUCGUGAGAUGGACGUGCCAUAGAAAAAUGUAACUUAUAGUAAAGGAAAUACAGUUCAAAAUGGGUUUUUGGCCAACAAUGGGUAGAUUUACGAACAGAGAUUUGCUGGUGGUUGUUUUGUUCUUGUGCAGGACAAUAGUUUGUGACAGCCAGUGUCCAAAGUUUGCGGAAAAGCCACUCGAGACCAGAGUUCAAGAUGCGACUAUCGUUUUUAGGGCGGUGGUCGUGCAAACACACUAUCAGAGAAAAACACUAGACUUGGCGCUAGUGUCAAUAUACAGAGGGGGAGUGGAGUUGGCUUCCAUCAGCCAGUACGCAGGUUCACCAUAUAAUACUACAGAUAGACAAGUAAACCUCAAAAUCAGUCCACAACUGGGUGACUGCUUCAACUGGAGCAUGGCACCCUCACAGAGUGAGCUGGUGGUCUUCGCGAGGAUCAGUGACCCCGCAGUAGACUUGGAGACCACGCCGCCUGACGGGCCGUGGCUGGAGGCUACGUCAGCUGCCGUACCCUGGAGUUUAGGCGUUGAUAUAGCUAUAUGGAACGCUGUCGGUUGGGCCGGGUGGGGCGAAUGGGGGGCUUGCAGUAGGACCUGCGGAGGGGGGCGGCAGACCCGCAGGAGAUACUGCGCCAAGCCCACCUGCGAGGGGUACGGGGAACAAGGAAGGGCCUGUAACUCUUUCAACUGUGAAGGUACAAUAAAUCCUCUGGCGCCAGGCGCUCGGAGGAAUUUCCACCCAGCCCAGGCUCGGUGGGGCCCCGUGUCAGAUCGACCGCAUGCCUUCAGUCUUAGACCCAAUUCCUACAUCUGGAUUGCGUCAUCAGAACUAUUCUCUGCGGGGAAGACGUUUCCCAGAGAAUUCACACUAUUCAUCUCCCUCAGAUUACGGCCAGAAAGCGGAGGCUACGGGCAAGGGACCCUCUUCUCCCUUCGGUCUCGGAGACGCACAGGCUCCUUCCUAUCUUUGGAGCUGGCUGGUAGAGGGGCAGCCCGGCUCGUCCACGCCGGGUCGGGGACAUCCCGGUCUAUAUACUUAGCUGUACCGUUGUAUGACUUUCGCUGGCAUCAUAUUGCUAUCAGUGUUCACGAUGACAACACAGUACGUGCGUAUGUCGACUGUCGCUGGCUUAGAACUGAUGUUCUCGAGAAAGAUGCUCUCGACACACCGAGGGAUGCUGACCUCAUUAUAGGCUAUCUCUUCUCAGGCGAUCUCGAACAGCUGGUGUUGGUGCCAAAAGCCGGCCAAGCUCAGAAGCAGUGUUCCAGCCAAGUGGCUGGCAUCUCCACACCUUAUGUCACAACACACGAAACGUAACUGGGAUUUAGAAGAUUAUAUCACCGUCAAAUUUGGAGCAACGUAGCCAAGUAAUAUUGUAUGUACGAAAGGACGAUUGUGGAACGUUGAAUCGAAGGUAAAAUUACAGAUUUUUUUGUUGUGUUUUUCAUAUUAAGGGUGUAUCUACACGGUGCAAGUUAACAUGCGCAAGUGACAAGAGCACG